AUGGCACAAAAUAAUCCAACGAGAGAAUUAUAUGAAGCCGCUACUAAGGGAGAUUUUUUUGCAGUGAAAAGAUUAGUGGAGGGUAGUAUUGCUGAUGUUAAUGCUUACUCACAAGUAGGAUUAAUAGAAACUGAGUGGACACCUCUAUUUUCAGCAGCUUUUAAAGGAAAUAAGGAUAUUGUAAAUUAUUUAAUAACUAGGACUUCUAUUAAUUUAGAUAUAGGAGAUUGGAAUCCACUUCAUGGAGCUUCAUCAAAGGGUAAUUCAGAAAUCAUUCCAAUAUUAGUGAAAGCAGGAAUUAAUGUUAAUAGUACAAGUUAUUUUAAUGAUACACCACUUCAUAUUGCAGCAUAUUUUGGUAGAAGUAAUAGUAUUGAAGAAUUAAUUAAAUUAGGAGCUGAUAAAACAUUAAAGAAUAGUAAAGGACAAACACCACUUGAAGUUGCAGAAAUGAGAGGUCAUCCAACAAAAUUUUUACAACUUUUAAAAUAA